CCUGCUGUUCCAGGCUGUACUGAUACAGCUCCUAUCUGCGCGAUUAGCGGAUUUUAUAAUAAACAAGGAGGCAAGGGAUUUGGGGGUUAGAUACGGACUUCGUACUAUUAUGACUUUUUUUUCUGUAAAGGUUAUAUAUGUUAUAUAUGUAAAAUCAUGUUGAUGCUUUUUUUCAUAGCCAGACCAAUUUCAUUACGCAGCUUUCGUGACAUCACUGGAACGAACUGCCAAGAAACCGUUGUAAUGCAACCAUAUGCCGAUGCCUUGACUUUAUAGGCUACAGCUAAUUUUCUGGGAUGCUCUGGACUAUAUUAUACUCAAGACGUGGGGCGUUUAGUGUAAAUCCGCUCUUUUCCCCCCAGCAGAACAACCCAUUUGAAAUCGUACGGUAUCUUCAUUUUGUCACGCGCGCAUUGGGUUCCUUUUGUGGCGCCGGGGCUGCGAACGGAGGAGGUUGAAUGUGAAACAAUAGAGCGCAAAAUACAGCCCAAGCACAAGGACGGAAACCCACGACUGAAAAACGCGAGCGCCUGUGACAAAGAACUCAAGAACAUGAAGAAGCCAGCCCGCGCUGCACUGAUUUGGUUAAAGUAAUCACUGGAUAUAUUUCGGGCUACAUUGUCUCUUGAAAUCCUCUAGUAGAAAACAUGAAUUCUGCUGAAGCAGCCGAGGAGGGACCGAAUGAUUCAGAUACGGAUGCUUUUUUCAAAACCGGGUCCUUCAGAAACGAUGCGAUUAAGGCGUCUGAUGUCCUGCCUGUGCUGAAAGAGAAAGUGGCCUUUGUGUCAGGAGGUCGUGAUAAGAGAGGUGGCCCCAUACUGACCUUCCCUGCCAGAAGCAACCAUGAUAGAAUAAAACACGAGGAGCUGCGACAGCUGGUGACGUACCUCUCCACUGUGCCCAGUGAGGAUGUGUGCAAGCGAGGCUUCACGGUCAUCAUUGAUAUGCGCGGCUCCAAGUGGGACCUGAUCAAGCCUCUGCUGAAGACCCUGCAGGAAGCCUUCCCCGCCGAGAUCUGCGUGGCGCUGAUUAUCAAACCCGACAACUUCUGGCAGAAGCAGAAGACCAACUUUGGCAGUGCCAAGUUCACAUUUGAGACUAGCAUGGUGUCAGUGGAGGGCCUGACUAAGUUGGUGGACCCGUCCCAGCUGACGGACGACUUUGAGGGCUCUCUGGAGUACAACCACGAGGAGUGGAUGGAUCUGCGCGUGGCCCUGGAGGAGUUCAUGGGCUCGGCCGUGCACCUCCUCUCCCGCCUGGAGGACCUCCAGGAGCUGCUGGCCAAGAAGGAGUUCCCGGUGGACGUGGAGGGCUCCCGGCGGCUCAUCGACGAGCACACGCAGCUCAAGAAGAAGGUGAUGAAGGCUCCCGUGGAGGAGCUGGACAGGGAGGGCCAGAGGCUGCUUCAGUGUAUCCGGUCUAGUGACGGUUUUUCUGGGAGGAACUGCAUCUCGGGCAGCGCCGACUUCCAGAGCGUGGUGCCUAAGAUUGCCAGCCUGCUGGACAAGCUGCACUCGACCAGACAGCACCUGCACCAGAUGUGGCACGUCCGCAAGCUCAAACUGGACCAGUGUUUCCAGCUCCGCCUCUUUGAGCAGGACGCAGAGAAGAUGUUUGACUGGAUCAGUCACAAUAAGGAAGUGUUCCUGCAGAGCCACACAGAGAUCGGCGUCAGCUACCAGCACGCCCUGGACCUCCAGACGCAGCACAAUCACUUUGCCAUGAAUUCUAUGAACGCCUAUGUGAACAUCAACAGGAUCAUGUCGGUGGCGACGCGGCUGUCGGAGGCGGGCCACUACGCUUCGCAGCAGAUCAAACAGAUCUCGGCCCAGCUGGACCAGGAGUGGAAGAGCUUCGCCGCCGCCCUGGACGAACGCAGCACCAUCCUGGCCAUGUCGGCCGUCUUCCACCAGAAGUCGGAACAGUUCCUGGCUGGGGUGGAGGCCUGGUGCAAGAUAUGCAGUGAAGGGGGGCUUCCCUCAGAGAUGCAGGACCUGGAGCUGGCCAUCCACCACCACCAGACCCUCUAUGAACAGGUGACCCAGGCCUACACUGAGGUCAGUCAGGACGGCAAGGCCCUACUGGAUGUCCUCCAGAGACCACUGAGCCCGGGGAACUCAGAGUCUCUGACGGCCACAGCCAACUACUCCAAGGCGGUCCACUGUAUCCUGGACGUGGUCCACGAGGUCCUGCACCACCAGAGACGCCUGGAGAGCAUCUGGCAGCACCGCAAAGUCCGCCUGCACCAGAGGCUACAGCUCUGUGUGUUCCAACAGGACGUCCAACAGGUGAUGGACUGGAUAGAGAACCAUGGAGAGGCCUUCCUUAGCAAACACACGGGCGUGGGCAAGUCCCUCCACCGCGCCAGGGCACUGCAGAAACGCCACGACGAUUUUGAGGAGGUGGCACAGAACACCUACACCAACGCAGACAAGCUCCUGGAGGCGGCCGAGCAGCUGGCCCAGACUGGGGAAUGUGACCCGGAGGAGAUCUACAAAGCAGCGCGACACCUGGAGGUCAGGAUCCAAGACUUUGUCCGGCGGGUGGAGCAGAGGAAACUGCUGCUGGACAUGUCGGUCUCCUUCCACACCCACACCAAGGAGCUGUGGACGUGGAUGGAGGACCUGCAGAAGGAGCUGUUGGAGGAGGUGUGUUCAGACUCGGUGGAGUCAGUCCAGGAGCUCAUCAAGCAGUUCCAGCAGCAGCAGACGGCCACCCUGGAGGCUACGCUUAACGUCAUCAAGGAGGGAGAGGAUCUCAUCCAGCAGCUCAGGGACGCUGCAAUGUCCACCAACAAGAUGCCCCACAACAGCUCCAUCGCCCACAUCGAGAGUGUCCUGCAGCACCUGGACGAGGCCCAGGGCCAGAUGGAGGAGCUAUUCCACGAGAGGAAAAUCAAACUGGACAUCUUCCUGCAGCUACGCAUCUUUGAGCAGUACACCAUCGAGGUGACGGCGGAGCUGGACGCGUGGAACGAGGACCUGCUGCGCCAGGUGAACGACUUCAACUCGGAGGACCUGACCCUGGCCGAGCAGCGGCUGCAGCGCCACACGGAGCGCAAGCUGGCCAUGAACAACAUGACCUUCGAGGUGAUGCAGCAGGGACAGGACCUGCACCAGUACAUCAUGGAGGUCCAGGCCUCAGGCAUUGAGUUGACUGGGGAGAAAGAGGUGGAUCUGGCCACUCAGGUCCAGGAGCUGCUGGAGUUCCUCCAUGAGAAGCAGCAUGAGCUGGACGUCAGCGCUGACCAGACCCAGAAGAGACUGCAGGAGUGUCUGCAGCUCCGCCAUCUGCAGUCAGAGGUCAAACAGGUCCUGGGCUGGAUCCGGAACGGGGAGUCCAUGCUGAACGCCAGCAUGGUGAAUGCCAGCUCGCUGUCAGAGGCAGAGCAACUCCAGAGGGAGCAUGAGCAGUUCCAGCUGGCCAUCGAGUCCCUUUUCCAUGCCAAUUCCCUCCAGAAGACGCACCAGAGUGCCCUGCAGGUGCAGCAGAAGGCUGAGGUCAUGCUCCAGGCGGGCCAUUUUGACCCGGACGGCAUACGGGCCUGCGCCGAGAAGGUGGCCAUGCACUGGCAACAGCUCAUGCUCAAGAUGGAGGAUAGACUCAAGCUGGUCAACGCUUCUGUGGCCUUCUACAAGACCUCAGAGCAGGUGUGCAGUGUGCUGGAGAGUCUGGAGCAAGAGUACAGGAGAGAUGAAGACUGGUGUGGUGGCCAUGACAAGCUGGGAGCCAUGGCCGAGACGGACCAUGUCAUCCCCCUCAUCAGCAAACACCUGGAGCAGAAGGAAGCCUUCCUCAAGGCAUGCACGUUGGCCAGGAGAAAUGCUGAGGUGUUCCUGAAGUAUAUCCACAGGAACAACGUGGGUAUACCUGGUGCUUCAGGCCACGCCAGAGGACCCGAGCAGCAGGUUAAAGCCAUCCUCAAUGAGCUGCUCCAGAGGGAGAACCGGGUUCUGCACUUUUGGACCAUGAAGAAACGGCGCCUGGAGCAGUGCCAGCAGUACGUGGUGUUCGAACGCAGCGCCAAACAGGCCUUAGACUGGAUCCAGGAAACAGGAGAGUAUUACCUCUCCACUCACACCUCCCCUGGAGAGAGCGGCGAGAGGAGUCAGGAACUGCUGAAGGAGUACGAGGAAUUCAGAGUCUCCGCCAAGCAAACCAAGGAGAAGGUGAAGCUCCUCAUUCAGCUGGCCGACAGCUUUGUGGAAAAGGGCCAUGUGCACGUCACCGAGCUGAAGAAGUGGGUCACCACGGUGGACAAGCGCUACCGAGACUUCUCCCUCCGGAUGGGGAAGUACCGUUCUAGCCUGGAGAAAUCACUGGGCAUCAGCUCCGAGGAUAAUAAGGACUUGGAGCUGGACAUCAUCCCAGCCAGCCUGACCGAUCCUGCGGAGGUGAAGCUCCGCGACCCCAACCACGAGGUCAACGAGGAGAAGAGGAAGUCAGCCAGGAAGAAAGAGUUCAUAAUGGCUGAACUCCUUCAGACUGAGAAGGCCUAUGUCAGGGACUUGCAUGAAUGUUUAGAGACGUACCUGUGGGAGAUGACAAGUGGGGUGGAGGAGAUUCCUCCUGGCAUCGUCAACAAGGAGCACAUCAUCUUUGGCAACAUCCAGGAGAUUUAUGAUUUCCAUAACAGCAUUUUCCUCAAAGAGCUAGUGAACUAUGAGCAGCUACCUGAAGAUGUGGGCCACUGUUUUGUCACAUGGGCUGAUAAAUUCCACAUGUACGUCAAUUACUGUAAAAACAAACCGGAUUCCAGCCAACUCAUCUUGGAGCAUGCUGGAAGCUUCUUCGAUGAAAUCCAGCAGCGACACGGAUUGGCUAACUCCAUCUCCUCGUACCUUAUCAAGCCAGUGCAGAGGAUCACUAAGUACCAGCUUCUCCUCAAGGAGCUGCUGACCUGCUGUGAGGAGGGGAAGGGGGAGAUUAAGGACGGCCUGGAGGUGAUGCUUAGUGUCCCCAAGAGGGCCAACGACGCCAUGCACGUCGCCAUGCUGGAAGGUUUCGAUGAGAAUCUGGACGUGCAGGGAGAGCUGUUCAUCCAGGACACCUUCCAGGUGUGGGAUCCCAAGUCUCUGAUCCGGAAGGGCCGGGACCGUCAUCUCUUCCUGUUCGAGAUCUCCCUGGUGUUCAGCAAGGAGAUCAAGGACUCGGCCGGACGCACCAAAUACGCCUUCAAGAACAAACUGCUGACAUCAGAGCUGGGCGUGACGGAGCACAUUGAAGGGGACCCCUGUAAGUUUGCUCUGUGGGCUGGAAGGACCCCCUCAUCUGACAACAAGACUGUCCUCAAGGCGUCCAGUAUUGAAGCAAAGCAGGAGUGGAUCAAGAACAUCCGGGAGGUGAUCCAGGAGAGGAUCAUCCACCUCAAGGGGGCGCUGAAGGAGCCCAUCCACAUGCCCAAAACCCCGGCCAAGCCACGCAACAACAGCAAGAGGGAUGCUGGUGAGGAUGCAGACAGCCAGGGUGACGGCAGCAGCCAGCCAGACACUAUCUCCAUCGCUUCUAGGACUUCUCAGAACACUGUGGACAGUGAUAAGCUCUCUGGAGGCUGUGAGUUGACGGUGGUGCUGCAGGACUUCACGGCAGGUUGUUCCAGCGAGCUUAGCCUUCAGACGGGUCAGACGGUAGAGCUACUGGAGAGGCCCAGUGACCGCCCGGGCUGGUGUCUGGUGCGGACCACCGACCGUAGCCCCCCUCAGGAGGGCCUGGUGCCCAGCUCGGCCCUCUGUGUCUCUCACUCCCGCAGCAGCGUGGAGAUGGAGUGCUUCUUCCCCACAGGGAAAGAGAACUACUCGGUCAGCGGGCCCGAAGGAGCGAAGACCGAGUCGGUGGCCAACCUGCAGUCCCAGGCCUCCCUGAGCUCCAUCCAGUCCAGCUCUCCGGGACCGAAGCGCUCGGGCAACACCCUGAAGAAGUGGCUGACCAGCCCUGUGCGUCGCCUCAGCCACGGCAGCAGCGUCAAGAAGUUCCCCAGCAAGCACAAGAAGAGGGACGGCCGCAAGAGCAUCGACCUGGGGCCGCCUGAGAGCUCCCUGCACGACGGGAGCGUAGACGAGAGGUGCAGGAAGGAGCGCACCCUGUCCAAGUCCUCUGGAAUGCAGAGCGGAGGAGAGGAGGAGCCCGAGGAUGACUCGCACACCCCCCUGCCGCCCCCCAUGGAGAUCAUCAAGGACCCCUCAUCCCAGGAGGAGAAGUCCUCCGCAUUGCUUGCUGCGCGUCAGGGCUCUGCCGAUGUCCCCAGCGCUGCGGAGCUGGUCAGUGCAAUAGAAAAGUUGGUCCAAACUAAGAUGAAUCUGGAGCCAGGUGCCUACCCCAGCUUCACCACUUUGACCCCUCCGGAACAGACCAGCCCAGCCCUGCCCAGGAACCCUGAAAUGGAUCAGAAGGCCAAAGCUCUGCGCGGACGCAUGUUUGUCCUCAAUGAGCUGGUGCAGACUGAGAAGGACUAUGUCAAGGACUUGGGGAUUGUAGUGGAGGGGUUCAUGAAGACGAUCGAGGAUAAGGGAGUCCCUGAAGAUAUGAAAGGAAAAGACAAAAUCGUUUUCGGGAAUAUUCACCAGAUCUACGACUGGCACAAAGAUUUUUUUGUGGGUGAGCUGGAGAAAUGUCUCGAAGACAACGAGCACCUUCCUGAGCUUUUCAUUAAACAUGAGAGGCGACUACACAUGUAUGUGGUUUACUGCCAGAACAAGCCCAAGUCUGAAUUCAUUGUCGCCGAGUACGACACGUUCUUCGAGGGCGUACAGCAAGAGGUCAGCUCAAGACUUGGCAUAAGUGACUUCCUCAUAAAGCCAAUUCAGAGAAUUACCAAGUAUCAGCUGCUUCUAAAGGACUUCUUAAAGUAUAGUUCCAAAGCAGGACUAGAUUGCCAAGAGAUGGAGAAGGCAGUUGGUUUAAUGUCCCAGGUCCCCAAGCUCUGCAAUGACAUGAUGAAUCUUGGCAGACUACAAGGCUAUGAGGGUAAGCUGACCAGCCAGGGUAAACUGCUGCAGCAGGAGACGUUCUUUGUAACGGAACAGGACACGGGAGUGUUGUCGCGCAGCAAGGAGCGCAGGGUCUUCCUCUUUGAGCAGAUCGUCAUCUUCAGCGAGCUCCUCCGCAAGGGCUCGUCCACCCCAGGCUACCAGUUCAAGAAGAGCAUCAAGGUCAGCUACCUGGGCUUGGAGGAGCAUGUGGACAACGACCCUUGUAAGUUUGUGCUGUCGUGUCGAGGCUCGGCCGAGCGAUUCACCCUGCAGGCGGCCAACCUGGACAUCAAGCAGGUGUGGGUCCAACAUGUCAGCCAGGUCCUGGAUGCCCAGAGCAACUUCCUGUCUGCCCUGCAGUCUCCCAUUGAGUACCACAAGGAGAAGGGUUGUUCCCAAUCCCUCACCAGAAACCCGUCGGGCAGUCGGCCCCCCAGUUCCAACAGCAGGCCCCUCUCCUCCUCCUCUGUGGGGGCAGAGAAGCCCCCCCUGGCAGGACCGGGAAGGACCCCAACUCCUCUCAAACUAUCUACCUCCAACGGCAGCUCCUGCUUUGACCCCAUGAAACACAGCGAACGCUAUGACUCCACGAGGCAGCAUGACGGCAUUGGAUGUAACGGCAUGUCCUCCACCAUGAUGGUGACCCAGGACUACAGUGCACUGAAGGAGAAUGAGAUUUGUGUGAUCCAGGGCGAGAUGGUGCAGAUCAUGGCCACCAACCAGCAGAACAUGUACCUAGUGUACCGGCCCGCCAACAGCCAGUCCCCUGCGGCCGAGGGCUGGGUCCCAGGUCACAUCCUUGGCCCCCUCACUAAAACGCUCAAAGACAGUACUGCUGACGCAAGCAUCAAGAAAUCUCUUUCAUGGAAUACCCUGCGCUCGAGAAAGCGAGUGGAGAAGGGUAGCAGUGGCUUGGGGGAUGCAAAGGUUGAGAAUGGACUCCGUAAACCCAAGGAGAUUCUCAGCACCAAGGUCACUGUCAAAGAGUCAAACAGCUCAGAGGAGUCAGAUUGCGAUGAUGAACUCCCCAAAACUAGCAUGGAGAUAAUGAAUCCCAAUUUUAUACAAGAAGUGGCUCCAGAGUUCCUGGUCUCACUAGCGGAUGUGACAUGUGCAUUCGGGGAGACGGUGGUCCUGUGCUGCAAAGUGUGUGGACGUCCCAAACCCAACAUCACUCUGAAAGGACCCGAUCAGAGCCCGCUUGUCAACAACAGCAGGUUCACCAUAAACAUUAGGGAUACGGGCGACAUUCUGCUCAAGAUCUGUAACCUGAUGCCCCAGGACACCGGCAUCUACACCUGUGUGGCCGUCAACGACCAUGGCACCGCCUCCUCCUCCGCCUCCAUCAAAGUACAAGGUAUUCCAGCAGCACCUGCGAGGCCAGUGGCCCAGGAGGCCAGUAGCAAUGCAGUGAUUGUCCACUGGCUCCCCCCAGCCAGCUCAGCUAACUGUGCUGUGUCUAGCUACACAGUGGAGUACAGGCAGGAAGACUCCCUGGUAUGGCAGCAGUCGGUGGUCUCCACAGUAGAUGUGUGUGUGAAAAUUGAAGAUCUCAUUCCUGGGGGGCACUACCAGUUCCGGGUCAGUGCCAGUAACCCCUGGGGUAUCAGUCCGCCAAGUGAGCCCUCAAACAUGGUGACCCUGCCCAGCGGGACUUCCACAUAUGAUGGAACGGGCAUUCAGUGGAAAGGCAACUUUGAAUCGUUUUUCACAGAAAUUUGUGAGAUCGGACGGGGCCGAUUCUCUGUGGUGAGAAAGUGUCUGAACAAGGCCAGUAAGAAGGAGGUGGCUGUGAAGUACGUCACUAAGAAGAUGCAGAAGAAGGAGCAGGUAGCCCACGAGGCGGACAUCUUAUGCCACGUCCAGCAUCCUCAGCUGGUGGCUCUGACCGACACCUACGAGUCCCCCACCUCCCUCAUGCUGGUCUUCGAGCUGCUGGAGGGCGGCAGGCUGCUGGACUACCUGGUGGCCCAUGAUGAGCUGAUGGAGGAGAAGGUGGCCUUCUUUGUGAAGGACACCUUAGAGGCAUUGCAGCACCUCCACACCUGCAGAGUGGUACAUCUAGACUUAAAGCCUGAGAACCUCCUGGUGGAUCUCCACGUGCCUGUUCCCUGCAUCAAGCUCAUAGACUUUGGAGAUGCGGUCCAGGUGUCUGGCCACCGUUAUGUCCACCUGCUCCUGGGAAACCCAGAGUUUGCUGCUCCGGAGCUCAUCCAGGGCACCCCGGUGUCGCUGAGCACGGACGUGUGGAGCGCCGGUGUCCUGGCCUACGUCAUGCUGAGUGGCGUCUCGCCCUUCCUGGACGAGAGCCUAGAGGAAACGUGCGUCAACAUCUGCAAGCUGGACUUCUGCUUCCCCGAGGACUACUUCCAGGGAGUGAGUCAGGCGGCCCGGGACUUCAUCAAAUCUACCCUGCAGCAGGACCCCAGGAAGAGGCCCAGUGCCACCGCCUGUCUCCAGCAUCCCUGGGUGGGCGCCCACAGUGGAGACUACUCCAAGAACCCACUGGACACUGGUCGCCUGGCCUCCUUUAUUGACAGACGGCGGCAGCUGCACGAUGUGCGCCCCGUCACCAACAUCAAGGGACUGGUGACCAGUAGCAUGGGACACACCCUAUAAACACCCUAUGAAUACAACACACAGGUGGAAUGAAAACACACUGUCAGCAGUACUACAGGACUCUGCCAUUGAUACAUGGUUCCCCAUGAAAAUGUAACUCUGAAUAGGGGAUAAUAACUUGUCAACAAACAUGUUAUGUGGAUAUCAUGUCUGUGUUCAAAAUGCCAGUAGCCAAGACAUUGACAUUUGAUUGAUUGAGAUGUUUCAGAGCUGUAGUAUGAAGCCAUAGACGCCAUCUUACUCUUGUUGUGUCCAUCUAUUGUAAAUGCCAACAUUUCUAAAUAUCAUCCUUGGAAAUUAUAACUAUCAGAGAAAGAUCUAUGAGAGGUAGUAUAACUGUUGAGUGUCAUUUAUUGUAGAACGUGGUUAACACUUGAGUAAGUGCUAUUGUAUGUGAAGAAAUAUUCAGCAUUGGUCGCUUGGAGCAGUGGUUCCCAAACUGUGGGGUCGGCAGGGGGGCGCAGAGCAGUACCAGUUAAAGUUAUUUAUUUUGUACUAUUUUCUACAUUGUAGAAUAAUAGUGAAGACAUCAAAUCUAUGAAAUCAUGUAGUAACCAAAAAAAGUGUUUAACAAAUCAAAAUAGAUUGAAGAAUCUAAAAAGUAGCCACCCUUUGCCUUGAUGACAGCUUUGCACACUCUUGGCAAUCUCUCAACCAGCUUCAUUGUUGGCUGCUUUACCUUCACUCUGCGGUCCAACUCAUCCAAAACCAUCUCAAUUGGGUUGAGGUCGGGGGAUUGUGGAGGCUAGGUCAUCUGAUGCAGCACUCCAUCACUCUCCUUGGUCAAAUAGCCCUUACACAACCUGGACGUGUGUUUUGGGUCAUUGUCCUGUUGAAAAACAAAUGAUAGUCCCACUAAGCUAAAACCAGAUGGGAUGACGUAUCGCUGCAGAAUGCUGUGGUAGCCAUGCUGGUUAAGUGUGCCCUGAAUUCUAAAUAAAUCACAGACAGUGUCAGCAGCGAAACACCAUCACACCUCAUCCUUUAUGCUUCACGGUGGGAACCACACAUGCAGAGAUUAUCCAUUCACCUACUCCGCAUCUUCCAAAGACCCAGCGGUUGGAACCAAAAAUCUCAAAUUUGGACUCAUCAGAUGAAAGGACAGAUUUCUACCGGUCUAAUGUCCAUUGCUCGUGUUUCUUGGCGCAAGCAAGUCUCUUCUUCUUAUUGGUGUCCUUUAGUAGUGGUUUCUUUGCAGCAAUUUGACAAUGAAGGCCUGAUUCACGCAGUCUCUUCUGAACAGUUGAUGUUGAGAUGUGUCUGUUACUUGUGUAACUUACUACGCUGGGGCGGCAGCGUAGCCUAGUGGUUAGAGCGUUGGACUAGUAACCGGAAGGUUGCGAGUUCACACCCCCGAGCUGACAAGGUACAAAUCUGUCGUUCUGCCCCUGUUAACAGGCUGUCAUUGAAAAUAAGAAUAUGUUCUUAACUGACUUGCCUGGUUAAAUAAAGGUAAAAUUUUAAAAAUUUUAUGUGAAGCAUUUAUUUAGACUGCAAUAUGAGGUGCAGUUAACUCUAACGUAUUCUCUGCAGCAGAGGUAACUGUGGGUCUUCCUUUCCUGUGGUGGUAGUCAUGAGAGCCAGUUUCAUCAAAGCCAUAGAUGGUUUUUGCAACUGCACUUGAGAAAACUUUCCAGGUUGACUGACCUUCAUGUCUUAAAGUAAUGAUGGGCUGUUGUUUCUCUUUGCUAAUUUGAGAUGUUCUUGCCAUAAUAUGGACUUGGUCUUUUACCAAAUAGGGCUAUCUUCUGUGUACCACCCCUACUUUGUCACAACACAACUGAUUGGCACAAACGCAUGAAGAAGGAAGAAAUUCCACAAAUUAACUUUUAAGACGGCACACCUGUUGUUUGAAAUGUAUUCCAGGUGACUAACUCAUGAAGCUGGUUUAGAGAAUACCAAGAGUGUGCAAAGCUGUCAGAAAUGUCCAGAUCAACUAGCCCAUGUCAGCUAGCGUUUUUAUAUUUAGGUUUUUUAGCCCAAUUUUCUUUGUCACUCAAGUAUCAAAUGAAUACACAUUAGACAUAGCAACACGUAUAGAACUGAAAGAAAAAAAAAACUUUAAAACUGCAAAAUGUUCUUUGCAACCCUAUGACAAAAUGUGUAGAAUUGUAGGAAAUAAGCUUUAAACCUGCAAAAUGCUCUCCACCAAUAAGAGGGGUGUUGAACAGUUUGUCAUGAACAGUGCUUGUGCACAUAGAAAUAGAUGUGGCAGGAUGUUCCCCAUUACUUUGGAAGGGGGGGCCAGAGUGAAAAAGGUUUGGGAACCCCCUGCCUUAGAGUAUGCAUCAAGUGUGCAUAAUGUGUAGAUAUAGUAUAAUGCCUAUUUUUCCAAUUGUGAGAUUUGGGGUAUGAAUGAAAGAAUCUAUCACAUCACAUUAUACUGCAUUUUUGUGUCAGUACAUAUCUGUCACCUCCAUGAUCAUUUCAAAUGUGUUUUGUUGGUUCACUCAUGUUCAUUUAAGAGACCACUCAUAAGACUCAAGUUCAGUUGUAAUUGAAUGUUCAAAACGACUUCUGGAAGGACCUGCUGCAAACUCCGAUCCAAAUCGGUAGUGCACAUAAGUGUUGUAUAUUUCUGUUCUCAGACCCAAAUCGUUUACAAUAAAUCUGAAGUCUUCACAUUUUGAUG